AUGAUCAAAGAACACAGAGUUUCUUCCUCAAUACCAGCUUCUGAGUCAGUUAUUCAUUACAUCUGCUUUCCAAGCCCGCUCAUUAUCCUUCACUGCCCCGGAAGCCCUGUUCCAACAAUCUCUUGGAAGAAAGUUAAUGGUCAUAAUCCAAGUAAAGCCCGUCUGAGAAAAUCCCAAGCUGUGCUUGAAAUACCUAAUGUGCAGCUAGAGGAUGCAGGGAUGUAUGAAUGUAAAGCUGAAAACUCACGUGGAAGGAAUGUCUUCAGAGGACAGCUACAAGUGUACACCUACCCACAGUGGGUGGAAAAACUUAACGAUACUGAAUUAGAUAGUGGGGAACAGCUACGAUGGGAAUGCAAAGCCACUGGAAAGCCAAGGCCCACGUAUCGUUGGCUGAAAAAUGGAGCUCCUCUCUGGCCACAGAGCAGAAUUGAGAUGGUUAACAGUGUACUGAUGAUCCGCACUGUGAACAUCUCAGAUGCUGGAAUGUAUCAGUGUUUAGCAGAAAAUAAGUAUGGCACCAUCUAUGCCAGUGCCGAGCUGAAGAUUUUAGCUUCAGCUCCCACUUUCCCAUUAAAUCAAAUGAGGAAAACAAUAAUUAUUACCAAGGGCCAAGAAGUUGUCAUUGAGUGCAAGCCACAAGCCUCUCCAAAGCCAACUAUCACUUGGAAGAAAGGAGACAAAGCUUUAAGGGAGAGUAAGAGGUCAGAAGCCUGUUCGGUAAACUAAAUAUUGUCUUUGCAUGCUUGAUUCUGUGGUUCUAAAUGAAAAUGCAGACAGUAACAAGUACGAGCAUGCAUAAGCAUGUCUAUGACUAGCGUCAAGAAUGAGUAUACAUAACCACGUCUAUGACCAGUGCAAAGAACAAGCGUGUGUAAGCAUGGAAAUGAUGUAAUUAUUUUGUCAAGAUUAUGAGGCUGACGGUAUUGACUCUAUUGUUCCCACAGUAUUGAAAUGGAAACUUUUCAAAUUGCUCAGUGAUGAAGACAGAUGAAAAGAUUGUUUGGGGUUUUUGUUCCCUUUAUUUCCCACUAUUAAUUUCAAAAAUGCUUGUUACACUGUAUCUACUAUACAUUUUGUGUUUGAGGAUAUUAAAAAUAUAUACUGAGGAUGUCAGAACAGCAUAAAAUAUCAAAUGUGCUUAUUCAUUUGAAAUGCUUUUAGUAAGGCAGAUUGACGGCUUGAUCACAUUGGAAGUAUAAGAAUAGCUUUAAAAUGAUUCAGAGAUGAAAAAUAUGAUUCCAUUAUAGGAUUUAAUUAUACAAGGAAUUUCUGUACUUGGCAGCAUAUCCGUCUAACAAAGUAGGCUUGAUUAAAUAGAGUCUGUCCAUUUCUGUACAUUAAACAUAGCUUAAGUACCGCAGGUUAAAUGCUGGCUGUAAUUGCACUUUACAUGAUUGUAUAUCUGUACACUGGAAUAGUUUUGCCAGCCUGCAUGUGUUCUUUACAUACACACAGUAAUCUUCAUUCAGGUAAUGUAUGUGAAUGAGCCACUUACACUGACUUGUAUGGCAUUAGUCAAAAAGAUAAAAGGCCUUUUUGUUUAUUUGUACAAUACUGAUGACAGCAGUAGAGCGCAUCUGUUGUUGUUAGCGACAAAAGUCAUUUCAUUCAGGUGAAGUUUAUUUUUGUCUUAUGCCAAUUGCUUUCUUCUGAAAAGAAAAAACAGGUAAUCUAUUAAGCCAUAUUGGCUGUUUGGAGAAAAAGAGGGAAGCAACAUUGUAUAAAACAUUUUAUUAACAGAUCUGUGUUGUAUAACACAUAUUGACAAGGUAUAUUACAGCAAUUUUUACAAAGAAGCCAACAACAAAUAUUCUGAGAUGGAUAUUUCUUAUGCUAUUGAUGCAUAGUUUUCACUACAUGAAUACUCAUUUUCCUCAUCUCUGUAAAACUUACAGAUUACCACAUAUAAAUCAUCUUUUUAGUCCAACACUGGUAAAGCAGAUUGGUAAUUACCCCAUGUGUGUCCAAAUAUAGUCCAAGUCUGAAAUUAAAAUAUCAUAAAAAUAAAAUCUGGAGCUACAUUUUUUGUAUUUGUAGCUUCUGAAUCUUGUUUAUUUUGGUAGAAGCAAGAACACGAAAAGAUAAAAUAGGGAGAUUAAAAGAGUUGAUUGAACUCUUUGAAAGAUUUGGUUUGUGAUAAAUUAAUUUUAAACUAUCCAGGAAAUCUUUUAUAUCAUUUAGAGCAAUCAGCCUAUACCUAUUUUUUGUCUGUCAGACAGUAUCUGUUUCAAGGGAACUCUGUUCAGCCUUUAUAUAAGGUAUUCACUAAGCAAUAACUGUGGAGUCUUUUUGAAGAGGAGAUGAGGAAGGUUAUCAUAAUUUUGAGAAAGAAAAUAAAAGUCAGUGGAUGCAGAAUAUGUGUUUCCAUGUUUGAGGCACUCUAAGAAGGAACCUAUUAGAAAGGAAUUGUGUUAAACUUUGAAUUUUUUUAAAAAAAGAUGGAAAAUCUGACAUAUUUUGAUGAGUACAUCUAUGUAUGCAAAAAUCAGCUUUCCUCAGGUACGAGUAAUACAAAUUUCAACAAAAACCUUUAAGAAUUGUCACAUGGUGACAUUACAGAAAAAGGUAAAACAUAAAAGAUUUAAAAACAUCCAAACAAACAAAAACCCACAAUCUAACAUUCUGAUUAAAUAAUAAGGAAAGACAAGAAGAAAUCAGCCCAAUAUACUUUUGUCUUCUAUAGCUUUUUCCUUUUCUACCAAAUGUUUGUGCAAAACAUUAAGUAUGUUGUGUUUUUUUUUUAUUAAGUCUAUCUUCCUGGAAAGUGAAUUUGCCUCAGUCAGAGACAUCAGUGAAAAAAAAAUAGUCCCAAUACCUCUCUGUACAGAAUGGGAAAAUCCAUUUAACUAGUGGGUCUGCUAUAAUCCCAUUUCUUCCAGUCUGUGCUGCCUUCUCAAGUUCCUCCCAUAGAAUUAAAAUCUGGUUGGAAAAAAGAAAAUACCUCAGAUGACAUUUUAUUUUGUAAUUGAGCAGAAGACUGAGCUUGAGAUCACAUUGAUCACAAUGUCUGGUGAUCCCUGCAGUAAGAUCUUGGCUUUGGUUCAAGGAAUUUAAUGAAGUUUGAAACUCUGAAAUGUUCCAGAUUCAUAUAAAAGGCUAAAGCCUCUCACUCAGCAGGGCAACUGUGGAAAGAGUCAUAUGAGCACCAUCUGUUGGCCUGUUUUUACCUAUAAACAAAUUAUCCAACUCAGGGUCUUCAUAUUCACAAUCUAUUUGUGCAAGAUUUGCUCUUCUUGGUGAUCAGUCAUCUACAAUACAUGUCGUUUAAUGAUAACUAUCAGCAUUCAAAACAAACUUUGUGUGAAACUCAAAUCUCUUUCAUAUCACAUUAUCUUAAUGAAUCAUUAAUACAUUCAAAGAUACAUUAAUUCAUUGUUUGUUUAAGCUGAGAUGUGAAAAUUAAUAUACUAUUAUUACACAGGAGUUUUGUAGUUUGGUAGACACACUUAAGCUGCAUAUUUUCAUUGGUCAUUGGACAACAAUUAAAUUUUUAAAAUAUCUUUCCUAACCACAUUUCCCUAGUAUUUGUUGUUUCAUAGGUCUGAUAGAAGGCUAUGUGUCAGUUAUGGCAUUCUGUGAUAAUGUGUACUCUGGUUAUUGAUUUGAAUGUUGAUAAUUUUUAAUCCAUACAAAUUUUAUAAAGAUCUUCUGAAUCCUUUAGAUGAUUAGAAGUUCUAGUUAUAUAGAAAAAUGGAUUGCGUUUGAAUCCAAGUCUGAAAAAUCAGGUUAUUCUUUGAUUUGUACUAAAAUGUUUGGCUGGUACUUUGAUUUAGAUAUUAAACAGGAAGAAUUAGCCCUUGUGCGAGAGUAUGGUGCAAAACAAACUUUUUUGUGACGUUUCUAAAACAUUUCAGUCAGGCACUUUGUAAUCAGUGAUCAAACCCUUACUUAGUAGUUCAGUAUAAGAUUCUAGGCAAGCCCCAGAUUCUCGCUAUUUAAAUCAAAGUGCCAGUUAGAAGCCUGUUAAUAGCAUAACCUUCUUUAAAAUUAUUUAUAAAAUUAAAAGAAUUCAAUAAAAAUGGUAUUCCAUCAAAUUACUUUGUGUAGAUACUAAGCUUUAUAAUAGCAAAAUAGACUGAAAUCUGACAUUGAUUACAUCAGUAUAAAUCGUGAAUAAUGCUAAUAAAAAUUAUGAUGAG